UUCCGCCCACGCUUCGGUCCAAUGACAGCUUGACACAAACAGGAAGUCUUGACGCUUGUAUAAAAACCUACUCAAAUCGCCCACACGACAUUACUAAGUUUCGAUACUGGCUGAGUUACGACUGUGAAACUGCUAAAAGAACGACGAUUCUAAGAGAAGAGGGAAAUUCAUUAGCAGAAGAAGGGCAUUCAGCGAUGUCGCAAUUUGAAAGCUUACGAAAACCUCCCAAAACUGCCAUUCACCUUUGGGAAUUUUUACUCAAUCUAUUAUUGGAUGAAAAGAGUGAUCACAUGAUAUGCUGGACCAAUCGUGAAGCAGGAGAGUUUAAGCUAAAAAACCAGGAAGAGGUCGCAAGGAGGUGGGGAAAUUUGAAACACAGACCUGGCAUGAAUUACGAUAAACUAAGUCGAGCGCUGAGAUACUACUACCAGAAAGGAAUCAUCAAGAAGGUAAAUGGUCAGAGACUUGUUUACAAAUUUGUCAAACCGCCUCUCGGAAAAGAGAGUUCUCCCUCGCGAGAAGUUCCCUCAAAACCGCAAGCACCGAUUGGAGAGGAUAAAGUAAAAGCUGAAGAACCAGCAGAUGGGAACAGUGAAUCCCCCAGCGUGCCUUGCGUACGAACCAAUGCAGGAACAGUACCUCAGAAUACGCUCACAACCACUUCGAUGGGUUUCCGAAUCAUUCAAGCCCCAUUAGUCGCUCCAGGUCAAAUGACAUAUCCACUCUCUCUCUACCCAUAUCUUGUACCUUGCGUCAUCCCAGCGUGCCGUCAGUUUGGGGUCAUCAAGUCAUAGACAAUCAUAAAUAGUCCUCUUGUUAUCGUGUGGUACUAGAAAAGAUAAAAAAAAAAAGGAAGGAGAAGAUUAUUUGUGACUUGGAAUUUCUUCCUCCUCCUCACUUCGCUUCGUUCUUUUCCAUUUUUUUCCGAAUUUAAUUGUGCCUAGUUCAAGGAAGAUUCGAGACACCUCUUAGGCAAACAUUCGUUUAAAGUGUUAUUCUCAGUUUACUGUACAUAAUUCUCCGUCACAUUCAAAGAAAGCAUCAUCGUUGAACAAAAAAAAACAAAAAAAAAGAAUUAUCACGCUGCCUUUAGAAAGCUGCUUCAUUUCUCCAAUUGACAUUGACGGCAGCUGUAAAUAUGAGUUCCAGUGUACAGUAUCAAUUUGAUAAGAGUUUGAAAUGUAUUGACAGUUUUAGCUGUCGUUGCAGGAUUUUUGCUUAUAAUUUAUACUAAGGAUUAUAUCAUAUUUAGAUAGUCACGUUAUGUUCGUGAUGUUCAUGGCGGGAUUAUGUGACGAGUGUUGCGUGAUUACCCCUAGAUUACUGCCAAGAAUGGGAUUAGCGCAGUGUUGUUUUGCUAAGGGCAAAGAGUGAAUAUUGUCAUAGGUGUGAGUUUUUAUUUUGUACAUAAUGAUACAGGCUUUAGAUAGCCUCUUAUUAAUUUAAAUAAAUUUCACGCCAACUUUGAUAAGA